GCAACAUAAGUAGGCGGAGUCAGUAUGGUCCAAUAGAAAGCAGCAGCCAGAGACACGUUGAGUUUUCCUACAACUGUCAUGUCAGCCCCCAGUGUGUAGAGAACAGUAGAUGGCGUAGAGAUUUUGUCCACCUUUACUGGACUGAACCACACCAUGGUUGUUGUUGUUGACUCCCAGUCCUCCGACACAGGGACCAUUCUUCGUGUCAGAGGGCCGCUGGAGUUCAAAUGUCAGCUGGACAGCACAGAUGCACAACUCAUCCACAAAGUAAUCUCGAUAACAUUUGAGACGCUUCACUCUCAGGUGAAAUCUGAAUCCUGUGUUCUGACAGUAUGUAACAGUCCUGUUGUUAUUUGGCCGAACAGAGGUGUUCAUGCAACACCUGAAGAAGUAACUCCAGACACGCCGUGUGAAGACAUUCAUCAAUGGAUAGAGACAGAUGAACAAGAGAUCACUGGCAAGAGAGCUGCAAAAAAGAAAAGCAAAAAGACUUCAGCAGUGAGUGUCAUUAACCUUCGGCUGAUGAUGGAGAUGACAAAGACUGGCCCUCUUUCAGCCCCGAUCCUCAGCAAAACAGUCCGGAAAGGCCACUUCCUGUCUGCAACUCUUCCCAUGGACUGUGUCGUCCGCACCACUUGCAGUGACACAAUCAAAGUUGCCUUUGAGCGUCUGUCGGAGGCGCUGCAUCAUCAGUUGCAUGAGAUGGAGAAAGUGAUCCUGCAGCACAUGAAGGGGACCACGCUGCUGGUACCGGAACCACUCCACUUCCUCCUUCCAGAGCCAAACGGACUAGUGACCGCGGUUUACCCGACGGGAGUGCCUGACAGCCAACUAGAAACACAGCGUAAGGAAUUGCACCAACAGUUUGAGCUACCAAAUGACUGGCCCUAUUUUAGAAGAGCCAAUGCAUAUCACUUUCCCAAUGAGCCCUACAAAGAUGGUUACCUCCGAAACCCUCACCUGGUCCUCACACAUCCCACCCUGGACAAUGGAAAGGUGUACUUGGUCCGGGGGAUCUACAGCUACCACCACUACAUGCAGGACCACAUGGAUGACAAUGGCUGGGGCUGUGCUUAUCGCUCCCUUCAGACCAUCUGCUCCUGGUUUCAGCAGCAAGGCUACGUAGAGAGGCCUGUACCCUCUCACAGGGAGAUCCAGCAGGCUUUGGUGGAUGUUGGAGACAAACCGGCGUCCUUUGUUGGAUCACGCCAGUGGAUCGGCUCCAUCGAGGUCCAGGCUGUGCUCAACCAGCUGCUUGAGGUCACUUCCAAGAUCGUGUUUGUGAGUCAAGGUUCUGAGUUGGCCUCCAAAGGCAGAGAACUGGCCACCCACUUCCUUACUGAAGGGACUCCUAUCAUGAUUGGAGGUGGGGUUUUAGCUCACACUAUACUCGGUGUAGCGUGGAGUGAGACCACGGGGCAGAUCCGCUAUCUCAUCUUAGAUCCACAUUACACUGGAGCAGAGGACUUACAGGUUAUCACUGACAAGGGCUGGUGUGGCUGGAAAGGACCGGAUUUUUGGGAUCAAACUGCAUAUUAUAAUCUGUGUCUGCCUCAGAGGCCAAAGAUCAUCUGAGCUCUCACAGCGUGUCAGACGGACAUCAUAUGACAUUUGUAAAACAUCUGCAAAACCUGUUUGUUGUAUAGGAAUUCAUCCAGUGUUGCAAAUUUGAGUAAUUUCUGUAAUAAUCUUACAAUCCCUAAAUUGGAUUAGUGUAAAAUAUAAAUUAAACCAGAAUCCAAUGAUUUCCAAAUCCUGUUUGACGUCUUUUCAGUCGACAAGUCCGAGGUCUCUGUUGUCAUAUAUUGUGCUUCAUACUGUACCACACAUUUUUAUAAUGGGAGACCGGAUGCAUGUGUCACUGUUGUAACACAUGCAGAAUGUGAAAUAGGUGAUUGAUAGAUUUGCCGAUCAACAGAAAAUGAAAGUGCAACUGUUCUUACAGUCUACCAUUUGAUUUUGCCAUUUUCCAGUUUUCUUUUAAUAUGAUGAUUUGAUACUUUUCUUCGUCUUGUAAUAUGAUAGUAAAUUGAAUGUAUUUUGGCUUGAGACUGAAAUCACAAUGGACCUUUUUCCCUUUUAUUGACAUUUUAUCAACAAUUAAAUAAUUAAUUGCAUUGUCCGUUAAUUGCAGCCCUGUUACAGACCCCAAACAUCCACUGGACAAAUCUGAUUUUAGAAUAGAAUAGAAUAAUAGUAUUAUUAUUUUUGCUUUGUUUGUACAAUGUAUAAUUUUGCUGUAGACCCCAUGGGCAGACGGAAAGGACCCCCAGGGACCUCUUUUUCCUAUUCUGAGAACUACUUGUGUAGAGAAGAAACUGUUCCUGAAUGCAGCCUGGUAUGUGCUGAUCCAUCUUGACACAACCCAUUAUUGGAAAACAAUCACUCCUCCUAAUUGAGUUUUCACGACCAGUCAGUUGUCAGAGUCAAAUGGAUGCCUUUUUCUUCUCACGAGUAGGCGUUAUAAAAUCCAAAUUUUCCUAAAAAUCUUUAGAGCUUAGUCUAAACCCACUCUUUGUGAUUUCUCAUCCAUGGGCUGAUUGUGUAACUAUGGUACUGCAACAGAAAUAGCCCCAUUCAUUCUCCAUCUCUACCCAUCCUGCGCUGGCGUGUAAAUUCUAUGACAGUGACCAGACACAGGUUUAUAAUAUAGAUUCACCCUGGUCCUAUUGUCCCAGCACAUUGGCAUUUCAUUCGUGUGUGUGUCACUUCUAGGUCUAACAAUGUUAUUAAGAGAAACACCGUGACAAAUUGCAAUGUCAAGGGACGCGUCUUCAGAUAAUCCCUUUUCUUGUUAAUGGGUAUGCACUAAGGGGAGCAGUUACUUUGACACAAUAGAUCCCCAAGGAAAAACUACAUGACCUCCUGUUUAUUCCGCUCCCAGUUCUGAUUCUGGGAAGGUUUAAGCAGUUUAAACCUUUAGCUGAAAAACACUGGAAAACAAAAACAAACACACAGUUGUUUAGCUGAUUGACCAAAAUCACUCAUCAAUGCAUUAUAAUAAAACACAAGGGCUGAUAUGCACAUUCAAAGAUAAGAUACGUGUAAAAUUCUGAGGAUGGAUCAUUUGAGAAUUUAAGAAGAUUAAAUGGAAAAUAAUUAAGGUGAUAUUUUAACAUGACAAUGAAGCUCUUUCUUAUUUUUACAGUUUGUAUGAGUUGUUUUUAACUCAUUUCAGUGUGGGUCCUGUUCCGUUCUGCUAAUGUAACUUAGCUGACAAAUCUAAUAAUGAAACCAGACACUCUGAUA